AGAACCAGAGCACUUCCUGCGGAGCUGGGCGGAAGGACUCGGCGGCGGUUGGGAGGGCUGGCUUCCAGGACGCCAUGCCUUCCGCGUUUUCCGUCAGCUCCUUCCCUGUCAGCAUCCCUGCGGUGAUCAUGCAAACAGACUGGACCGAGCCAUGGCUCUUGGGGCUGGUUGUCUUCCACGUGCUCUGUCUGCUGCUCACCUGCUUCUCAGCCCAGAGGUACGGACUACAGAUCGGUCUCUUCCUGAGCCUAGCGGCCUUAGUCUACUGUGCUGAAUACAUCAAUGAAGUGGCUGCCAUGAACUGGAGGUCAUUUUCCAAAUACCAGUACUUCGACUCCAGGGGGAUGUUCAUUUCCGUAGUGUUCUCGGCACCACUGCUUCUCAACGCGGUGAUCAUUGUGAUUAUGUGGGUGCGCAAGACUUUGAACCUGAUGACUGAGCUGAAGAAGGUACAAGAGACGAGAAAAGAGAGGAGGAGGAGGAGGAAGGAAGAGUGACACCCAGCAAGUGCUCCGGAUCCUGCAUUGUUUCUCCCUCCGCUGUGGUGGUUUCCAGCACCAAAGUGUGCUUGGGCCAAGCUGACUGGGUCAUAGGAGGUUUUUUGACUUUGACAUCUGCAGGGAGAAAACACGCACUGAAGUUGUUCCUUAAACCCAGUGCUGAACCCUCUCUGGUCCUGGACCUACCUUGAGUGGAUUUGAGUCCUUCUGGAGCCCUGCACACCCCACUUCUUGGGGCAGAUCAUGUCGUUCAUGGAGCCAGCACUGGUUAUGGGGUUCCAUUCGAGAGUGACAUGGGAAACUGCAACUUCCUGUCCUAGUGUGACUUGGGGUCUAUGGCAGGGUUGUCAGCCAAGGACAGGAUUUCUCUCCAGGGCACUUCUGGCAAGGUGGGUGACACUUUGCUUGUGCUUGGAGGAAGGCCCCUGGUUCCCCACGGAGGUCACCAGCCUCGAGAGACCCUGGAAGCAGGGCUGGAAGAACGUGCACACACUUCUCAGUUUAGUGACCAGGUCUUUCAAGGCAAGGCCUCAGACAGUCAUGGGCCAGACUGACUUGGCUUUGGGGUAAAAUUUUAAAAUAGAAAGAAGCUGUAAAGUCAGGGCUGCGCAAAAGAGAAUAUGUUGACUGAGCCCUCUGAUUUUUCUAGAUGCAAAACCAUAAAUACAAAAGUACUUUGUGUGUGCUAUGUUUUGUUUUCACAAAAAUAAACUUUAUUUUUUAAACUUUCUAGUAAAGUUCAUAUUCCAGGCAAAGUUGCACUGUUAGCAGCUGUCUUCGUAUUUUGUCCUCAUGUUGGGAAAAUCUCGCAGGCCAGAGUUAGCAGCAAACAGUCCCGUGAUUCACAGCGUGUGUGGAGUGAUGCUGCUUUACAGAGCUUGCAGGAUGUGGCUGGAUGUGGCUCUGACCAAGUGCUUGUCCGCCACACACAGGACCCUGGCUUCUGCUCCCAGCAUCACAUGCGCAGUUUUUGGGGUGUGAACUGUCCCAUGUUCACUCUGUAGAGUGAAAGGUUCACCCAUGAUCUGCUGGUUACAUUAGCAAAUGAUUCUACCAUACAUUGAUACUUUGCAUAAUCCAAGUCUGUGGUGUCCUGUUUAUUACUGUUCAAUAAAACACAUCUUCGAUGCUGCA